UAAGGCGCGUAUCGGACUCAUAUCGAGUCGCGUUCGAGUCUGAAAACUAUUUUGACGGUAUGGCACUCCGUGCGUGUGGUUUCAUCGUGUUCCGUCGUCUGGCCCUGCUUGAGCCUGCCCCUGUCAACAUCGAGUUCCUCCUUCUGCAGACUUCCUACGGAGAGCACCACUGGACCCCACCCAAAGGCCACGUGGACCCUGGGGAAGAUGACUUUACCACUGCUCUGAGGGAAACCAAGGAGGAGGCGGGCUUAGGGGAGGAGCACCUGCGAGUGAUCGAUGGCUUCCUGCACAAGCUGAAGUAUGAAGUGCGAGGGAAGCCCAAAGAGGUGUUGUACUGGCUGGCAGAACUGAAAGACCCCAAGAUGGUUGUGACAUUGUCAGAGGAACACCAGGAGUAUCGUUGGUCCGGGCUGGACGAGGCUUGUGCUCUGGCUCAGUACAAAGACCUACAGGAGACUCUGCGGGCAGCACAACGCCACCUAGAGGCCACAGGGUGGAAAUAGUAGGAUUGUAUUCAGUCAUGCUAAAAUGGAAAGAUAUAACUGACAGCACUCAACAACAGUGCUGUGUUUACUUAGUGUCAGAGGAUUUCAGAAACAGAAAUCGGAGGGUCUCUUCUGUGUUAAGAUCUGACUCUGCACAGUCUGGUACUUGACAUGAAAGUCAUAUGAAUGUUCAAAUAUACUGGAAGAUGUGGUCUGCUGUAGUAGGCAAGUGCACUGCACAAUAUGACACAUGGAUUUAAAUGAAAUGCCGACAGCUUGUGAAAUUUGUUACAUACAUUGUGUUUUUUUCUGUAAUCAUUGACAGUCUCCAAAGAUAAAAAGUGCCACAUGACAAUCUUAACCAUGAACAACACUUUAAAUGAAAUUGUUUAUGCAAAAAUAUAAUCAAGGUAUGGUGGUCAUUCUUUUUUUGUACUGCCAAACACCUGCAACACCUAUGCUGUGUAGCAUGGCGUAUUGUGCAAAAACACUUAUCACCAGAAGGGGUAGACAGAGAAGUGGUUAUUGAAAUGGUAAUGGUACAUGACUAGUUCCCACCAGGGUGGUGUACAACCAGUAACCUAUUUAAUGUUUGGGAAACCAAAUGAGAGAUCUUUAGACAAUGGAGCUUGAAUAAUACUUCCAAAUCCAAACAGGCUUUUAUCAUGCAAUUAGAUGAGUGGCUAACCCCUGGAGUUUAACACAGUGACCCAAUUCAAGAGAUCCAUUUCAUGUAGGAUGUGUUUAUAGUAGGGCUGUCAAAGUUAACGUGUUAAUAUCGCAAACUCACUUAACGCAACAACAACAAAAAGUGCCGUUAACGCAGGUUUCUUUUUGACCCUGGGAAUCACCUGUUGUCACAUGAGUUUGACUACCACGGUAGCUGAAUGAUGAACUGUCCAUCUGAACCUGUUAUAUGGACAUUAGCAUUCAGUUAGGCCUAUUUGAAGUUUUAAGUACACCCAGUUAAUGUUUUUUACUUUUUAAUAAUUUAUUGGGGUAAAAUGUUAACAGAUUAAACAGUUUGCGAUUAAUCAUGUGAAAUAAUGCGAUUAAUCGAGAUUAAAUAUUUUAAUCCUUGACAGCCCUAGUUUAUAGGCAUACUAACUUAACGUACUUCUGAGUUGAGUUUAUUUUUGUUGUUUGUUUUCAUCCAGGCUUGCACCAAAGGAAAUGGCUCUUAAUGACCAAAUCAAUAAAAGUUUGCAUUAAAAUCGAGUGCAGUUUCUAAGUAAAAAAGUAAAAAAUAAAGAAAUGGGCCCAAGACUCAACUCAACUUAGAAGCUCAACUUUUGAUCCCCCUGUCAACAAGUUACUGAGCACGACAUACGAGGUCAGUGUUGGCAAGACAAAUUCACCACUGCUCAACCAGGUUAUUUUUACCAUAUAAAUUUUAUACGUGUUUUUUGCAUCCUCACAACACAAAACGGAAAAUGAAAUGAAACAAAACUACAAACUCAACAACGACUGCAGCAUUAACAUCAAUGGUCGUGGACACGGGUACGCAAGUCCUCUUUAAAGUCCAUAUUUGUGACCGUUUUCAGCCAGAGGGGAAAAGCUCAGGUUCACACUUAAAAACCACA